CCACCCAGAGGUGCUUCCUACUGAGCGGCUCCUCUGCUCGAAGGCUUGCUCAGUGGAUUUCCAAACGACCAGACUGUUCUGUUUCUUUGCUAUCAAGAGAUGUGAUUAAAGCCCGAGAUGACUUUUUAGGUGAAGUGCGAGGGCUGGCUUCUUGUAGGCGGUCGGUCCGGUCCUCCAACACACACACGCACACACACACACAGCCCACCUCGCAACUUCCAACAGAGGGGUGUGUAUCUCCUCCGUGCACCCUCGUGGACCAGCCCCGCUGCACGCAGCUCCGAUAGGUUCAGCACUUCUCACUUGGACAGCAUGGCGAAGGGCGCGCUCUUCUUCUUCUUCGUCGGCCUGCUGAACGGCGCUUUCUUUUUCACAGCUGGGCAGCGGCAGGCGGACCGCAUCGGGCCAGGAAGUCCGUGGAGGCAGAAGAUCCAGUGGCAAAAUAACGGACAGAUAUUCCGAUUUCUUAGUACCGGCACUGAGUACCACCCGCCGUCCUCCGUGGUGUCAAGGCACACUGGACCUCACAACGUCUACCUUAGCUCGGACCUGGAAGAAGAGGAAGCCACGAUCAGUAGACGAACUCCCCAGUCUGUCUCAAACCAACAAGCACCGGCCGCGAUCCGCUCGUCGGGAGCCAGACAAGCUCCCCAGACCCGCACAACCUCGGGAUCCCCUGGGGCCCGUCGCUUCGCUUCUGGCUAUCACCGAAAAGUCAACCUCACGUCAGUCACCGAGUUCACCGAGUUCUCCGGCAGCGGGGUCCUUCGCGCGGGUACCUUUUCAAGAGCCCGUAAUGUCGAGCCACUUUUGGGGAGAUUCAAGACAGGGGCUUCCAGCCAGGGCACCCUUUCCGGACAGAUCGGGGCUAGAGGCCGACAGCAAAGUGAGAACCAAGGGGGCAGCUUUACAGAGGAGGUACCUGCAGUUGAUUCUGUGACCCUCAGAGGGGAAGAGCUCUUGCAGUAUUUGCCCCCAGCAGGUCCGCUGGAAGACCCGAAUGGUGAAGCGGGACCAGGCACACGGGAUGAGACGCAGGUUCCUUUUGACAUGGUGGGAGACGACCCCCGGAGCCCCUACAAAAACAUUAGAAACAGCGUCCUGUAUAACGCGUACCCCCCUCCUCCUGCUCCUAGAAGCCCGGCUCGACCGCGCAGACCCUCACUUUCCGGGUAUGGAACCAGGUAUUUCCAGAAUGGGCUACCUGACCUGGUUCCAGAUCCAUACUACAUUCAGGCAGCGACUUACAUCCAGAGGAUGCAGAUGUAUGCACUGAGGUGUGCUGCAGAAGAAAACUGUUUGGCCAGGUCGGCAUACAGGCCGGGUGUGACAGACAUUCAGUUCAGAGUUCUGCUACGAUUCCCUCAGAGGGUCAAAAACCAAGGAACUGCCGAUUUCCUACCCGUUAAACCUCGCCAUCAGUGGGAGUGGCACAGCUGUCACCAACAUUACCAUAGCAUGGAUGCAUUUAGCAGCUAUGACCUCCUGGAGGUGUCAACGGGCCGCAAGGUGGCAGAGGGUCACAAAGCCAGCUUCUGUCUGGAGGACACGACCUGUGACCCAGGGUUCAGGCGCCGCUAUGCCUGCACGGCGCACACUCAGGGCCUGGGACCUGGCUGUUACGACACCUACAAUGCUAACAUCGACUGCCAGUGGAUUGACAUCACUGACGUUCGUCCAGGAAAUUACAUACUUAAGGUCACAGUGAACCCCAGUUUCGUUGUGCAAGAGCUGGACUUCUCAAAUAACAUUGUGAGAUGUGACAUCACCUACACUGGCACCUACGUGUCAACACGUAACUGUAGGAUAUCCAGCUACUGAACUGGAGGGAGUGGUGGCCACUGAGAAGAGAGAGGCCAGGGAGCUCAUUUUAUGCAAGGCUGGUGAAUACAAGUGGCAUGGAGACUGAGCCCCAAAUCCACAAGACCCUGUAUCCCUACAAUGUCGGCCACUGUGCAAGUCCCAGCUCACCGGAGCUGUAUUUUUUUAUACUUUGAUGACUUUGUUUUUUUUUUUAUGGAUUUUUGAGAUUGUGUGUUUGAGUGAAAGUCCUAUUUGAAUCAUCUACUUAAGCCUCACCUUCUUGGUUUCAAUAUUUUCCUCUUGAUUGAGCACUGAUACACAACUCUUCUAGUCCUAUACUUUUUUAAUUAUUUGCAUAUUUCAGUAGGUAAAUAAUAGCAGAUGCCAAGCUGGGUCCCCAUGUCCUGCGGGGUAGCAGUCAUCUAGAGAAUGGUCAUUAUUGUCUACAAUCCCAGUUGGUGGUAAAAUCUAAGCACAAUCCCACUCUGGAGCAUUCCUGUAUCUCAGAGGUGCAGGACACCAAAGCCUGUGGAAACGUCUACCCACCUGAUUAUCAUGAUAGACCCUACUGUAAGUGCUUAGCAUCCAUCAUAUCCAUGUGUGAACAUACUGCUUUGUACAAGACAGUACCUUCCCAAAAAAGUUGUAUCGACACCCAAGUGUCUCAGAAGUACGUCAGUCCACACCUGCUCUCAGUGACAGUCAUUUAAAAUGAUAGCAUAGCCCACGGAGGACAUGAAAUAACUAAAGAUUACCACUGCCAUCCCUAACUUUUGUAAUUUCAGUCUUUGAGGCCAGCUAGCACGUCAUUGUUUCUCAUUUAGUUCAUCCAUUUGGUUCCCACUGACUUCUAGUACAGUUAAAAUGUGUACUCCAUUCUUGGUGAUUCUAACUUUUGCAGUUGGUAUGGCCACAUAUUCCCAUCAUUUUAACAGGUGAUAAUGUGAGUUCAGUCUCACUAAUUCCCAUUUAAUAUCUUCCAUCGUCCAUUUCUAGAACUAUUAUGUAUUAAACAUCUAAUUGGCAAGUCACUUUUUUAGUCCUUUUUACAAUUCUUACCUGCACUUCCAUUCUACUAAUUCACAUUCAUUACAGUCCAUGUUUGCAUGGCCAUUCCUUGUAAUACUCGGAUUUGAAGAUCACCUGCUCACAUCCGUUUGUAUUCAUUAAUCUUCAUUGAUUACAGUUCAGAGUUGUGUGUCCCUUUUCCUUCAGUUUUAUUUGCACUCCUUUUCCCACUGAUUCUUAUUUAGUAGUAUUCAUAUUGGAGUGUCCCUUCCCACUUAUUUUCACACACUCCAGGUCACAUUUACAUUUCCUAUAAUUCUCAUUUUUAAAUUGGUGUGUUUACACCCAUUCAUUUGCAAGUGUCUAUUAAUCUGAAUGUGUUGUAAUUACAAUUCUGGCCUUCUUGACCAUUUCCACUGAUUUUCAUCUAUUACAGCUCCAGUCUGCAUAUCCAUUUCCACUAAUACUCAGUUUUCAAAUUCUCAUUUAAUUGUCCAUUCACAAUGAUUAGCACUGAUUACAGAUUAUAUUUGCCCAUCCAUUCCCACAAGUUCUCUUUCCCUCUAUUUUUUUUAGUAAUGCAUCCCUUUCCAUCAAUUGCUGUUCUUUACAGUCCAUAUUUCCUUGUUUAUUUCACAUUGUUUUCAUUUUUGAAGUUUUUAUUAUCCAUUGUUUUCGACUGAGAGGAAUGCAUCCAUUGCAUAAGUCCACAUGAAAUGUUGGGGACCAACCGGUUCACCCGGUUUACUGAAAUAACAAACCAAAAAUAACAGGUGCAUGCUGUCUCUUCGGCCAUUGGCUGCCAUGUGAUAAGGCUCUGAGGAGCGGUCAGGCUUUAGGACUGAGCUCCGUACAGUCAAAUGAGACACCUGCUUCCAGGAGCACCCAGCUGUUAUAGUCUGUAGAGCAGAAGGGGCAGAGUCAGUUGUCCUCAUUGGGCAUCUUCUCGGAGCGGUAGGUGGACAAAAAGACAAGACAGUCAACAAUCGCACCCCCUUGUGUCCUGGGGUUGUAAUGCUUACCUUUGAGGAGCCUGGAGGAUGACCCUCCGACGCACAUACAUGACACCAUUCAUUGCACUAAUUUAUCCCAGCUCAUAUUUACCUGACUUUUUCUGCUAAUUCCCAUUCUAAAAUUUGUUAUUGUGCAUUGAAUCC